AUGGCUCCCCCAUUGCUUAAAAAGCGCAAAGUCGAGAAUGGCAUGAAUGGCAGAACCUCGCGGCCAAAGAAAAUCAAGCUGCAGCGGGAAUACCACAGCAGCUCAGAGGACGAUGAUAACAAUGAAUCGUUCACCGCAGUCAACCUACAAGAUUCAGACAGCAAUAAUGAAGCGCGAUUGACCGAGAAAGCUCAGAAAAUUGCAGAAAAAUCAGAUCUGGACGGUUCAGAUGCAGAUGCAGAUUAUUCAAACUCAGACUCCCACACAGCAGCAUCAUACGCUGCCUCCGACUCCGAUAUAGACUCAGACGCCUCCAUAUCCGGCAGUGAUCAAACAAAAUCCACGCAGCGCAAGAAAUUCUCCAAACGCAAUGAUCCCACUGCCUUCUCCACAUCUAUUUCCAAAAUCCUCUCGACAAAACUACCCAGAGCAGCACGUGCAGACCCGCUUCUGUCGCGAAGCAGAGCGACCUUACAAACCACCUCCGAUCUCGCAAAUGAGAAGCUCGAGAGCCGUGCGCGCGCUAAACUGCGGGCUGAGAAGAAGGAGGAGCUGGAGCGUGGGCGCAUACGAGAUGUGUUGGGCGUCGAGACGGGAGAGGCUGGUGAGAUGGCGGAGCAGGAGAAGCGGUUGCGGAAGAUUGCGCAGAGGGGUGUGGUUAAGCUGUUCAAUGCGGUCAGGGAGGCGCAGGUGCGGGGGGAGGAGUUGGCGAGGGAAGAGAGGAGGAAGAGGGGUAUUGUUGGGAUGGCGGAGAGGGAGAAGGCGGUUAAUGAGGUUUGCAAGCAGGGGUUUCUGGAUUUGAUUAAUGGGAAAGGGGGGAAGAGUUUGAAUAUUGAAGAGGCGUGA